AUGCCGCACGCCGCCCCGCCCUCCCUGGGCGCCACGGACCCCAUCUUCCACGCCGCGUUGCUCCGGCUCCUGCACAGCAGGAACGGCGACCACUGCGCGGAGGCCGUCGGGUGGAGGUGGAGAGGCGACACGCCGGCGCGGUUCGACCACUGGCCGUGCGCCCUUCACCCGUCCGUGAUGGACCUGCUGGCGUGCGUGUCGGCUAGCGAGGAGCAGGUCGUCCUGACCGGCUGCGACAAGAAACACGCCGAUAGCUGCCACGGUGGUGGUGGUGGUGACGACCCUCCCCCCCCGCGAAGAGAGGCCGCCUGGCGGGCCCCUCGCCCUCGCACGCCGUGGGCGCACCGAGGAGGGCCGGCGGCGGUACCGGCGGGGGCCACGACGCCGAUCGCCGCCCCAUCGCCAUUGCCUCCCCCAGCCUCGACUCAGACGCCGCUGUCCGCCCUUCGCAGGUCGGGGAGCUCGCGCCGCCUGCCCAGCAAGAACCGCGUUCGUUUCUCUACCCACGACAUGAGCGUGGUCGACACGCCGGAUCCACAGCGGGGGGGCUCCGCGAAAGGCAUGAUGAGUGCUCUUGGCGGCCUCGAAUCCAUCUUGUCUGCCGCGGAACGGAUCCGGGAGCUCGCAGCGGGAGGUCCCGGCAACAGCGGCGGCAGAGAGGGGGGUGGUUUCGAGCGGCGCGGCGGCGGCGGUGGUCGGCAGUACGAGGGCUACUUCGAUCGGUUCAGCGCCGCCGCCGGUGGUGAACCUGAUGGCGGCGGCGGCGGGGGGGACGACAACAACGAGCAGCAUGGCACUGCGGCGUCCGCUGGUGGCCUUGACAAGGCUUCUUCUGGCUCUGAUGGGGGUAGCCAGGACGAGGGAUCGGCGGCGGCGGCGGCGGCGGCGGAAGGCGAUGAUGACGAGGAUGUCGAUGCUCCCCUCGAGGCGGAGGCAAGGAGCGUGCGGGAGGACUCGGCGGCGUUCGUGACGGUGUUGGAGGAGAUCGCCAACGGCGACGCCGCGCCGGGAGAGGUCACCCUGGCGGGGGGGUGGGGGCCCGAGCACAGAAACGCCGCGGCGUUCUACGCGAAGGAGCUGGCGUUCCUAAGCGGGACCAAGACUGGGGUGGGCGGGAGGGAGUUGAGGGGCCCCUUCGUCUCUGGGGGUGGUGGUGCCGUCGGCAGUCACCUCCGUGUGCGCUACCUGGACGUCCUCAGCUGCCUCGUUCGUUACAACCUCAAGCAGGGGCUGCUGGACGCUGCCUGGGGCUCCUCUGUGACGGCGCAGGCGGCCACUGCCGAGAGGGGGCUCUGCGGCUGCGUGUCGGUGCUUGACGACAAGGGGGCGCUGGAGUUCAACACGGAGGACGUCGCGGCGCUGCUUACCCUUGCCCUCGGCCGUGUGCACCCGUUCAUGCCGCUGGCCGCGCGGAUCACCUUGGCCGCGAAGGAGGCCGGCUGGGACGGCUGCGGCGAUGACGGCGAUGAAGCCCUCGACGCUAGGGUCUGGGCGGCCGUACAGGAGUACACUCUCGAGUGCCGCCGAGCGGCUGCUGCUGCUGCUGCCGCAUCGCCGACCCACUUGUUCUCCUCCCCGUCUGUUGCCGCGGCAACGCCGCCGCUGCUGCCCGUUGCUGUUUGUGGCGGUGGGUCAUCGGCGGCGAAAGCGGGCGGGCCUUCCGCUGGUGGCGCCGUUGACGAGCUGCCGUCAUCCGAUUUCGCCGUGAAAGGGGGAGAAGGUGAAGCGAAAGCGGAUGCAGGGAGCGAUGGAGCGAGAGCGUCCGUCGCCGACCUGGCCAGCCCGAGCGUUCCCGGCAGCAGGGGCUCCGUCAGUGAAGAAAACGGUUCGGCGGCGGGGCUGGAGCUUACGGUGGACGAGUCCGCGGAUCUGCUAGAAUUUGUGGCGGCGGCGCGCUUCAUCGCCCAGCUCCUCGCGGAGCCGGUGGUGGCCGCGGGCGUUGCGGGGGGCAGGUGGUCUUGCGCCAUGCGCCUCUCGGAGCAGGUGCGGAAGCUGGCCGAGGAAGAGCAGCAGGCCCAGGAGGCGGUUGCCGCCGCCGCUUCGGACACCGCCGCUGCGAAGACCGCGCCGCCGACGUCAUCGCUGAGCAACAUGCUUUGCCUGGGAGCGCUGGCGGACGUGCAAGGGCUCGGGCUGGCCAUGGCGCAGCAGGCCAGGUACGCGCCGGCCCUGGAGGCUGUGCUGAAGAGGGAGCUGCGGCAGGCGCUUAGGGGAGGUCAGGGGCUAAAGAGGCGGAUCAAGCACCGCCUUCAGCCCCCCGGCGCCCCCGAUGUCUUCUCCUUCCCGAUGAUCACCCCCGCCUGCCAGCUCGUCCACUACGAAGGCGGUGUGGGAUGCGUGUGAAGUUUGGUCGUGUGCCGUGGCAACAACGCGAAAGGCGUCUUUUUUUAGGGGGGGGCUAGAAAGCAAGGAAUGCUGCUGCAUGCUGCGUGCUGUUGCUGCUGCUGCUGCUUCUUCUGAUUUCCGGAGUCAAUUCUCUCAAGCGGUUACCAUCAUUUGGUAACGCAACAGGGUCAAGGUGGCUCCGGGAAAGGAGGUCGGGUCAGCUACGUACUUCCGCCGCCGGUUUUGCCGCUGCUGGCGAGCUGGGUCGAGAUGAACUCGACACCAGAUUCGCCGCGGUUGCACAAGGUGGCAAGGCACCGACUGUAUGAAGUCAGCACCGCACCGCAUGGCACGCUGCAGCAGGGAACGAAAGUGUCGGCGCUCUCUGGCAUAUAGGCUCGGGUGCUGAUCUAUUCGCUGCAAUGAUGCAUCUAGGACGGGGGGGGGCGG